AUGUUCGGAAGUAAUACUAGUAAUAUUCCAGAUGUAUUCAACAGUAGUGAAGAGACAGAGAUUGAAGAAACUAAUGCAAGCAUUAAAGAUUUAAAUAUGUUAUUAACAGAUAUUAUUGAAUUAGCUGACAAAGCCAACAUGCUAUCAACUGGUGUUAGCAUGUCAUUUGGAGAUAAACCAAUGUAUACAUUGAAUAAGACAAUUAAUACACACUUAGAUAUUAUUCAAGAAUUAAAAAGGGAUAUCAAGAAUCUACAAAGGAAGAAUAGAUUAAUUAUUACUAAAUUAAGAAGUGAAGACAAAAAAGAUAAAGAAUUAGAAAAGUCAGUCAAAGAAGAGACAAAACCAAAGAGAAGAAAGACCCAAUUAUUAUAA